AUGAAUUUAUUUAUUCCUGAAGUAUUAGAUUUCGAUGCUGAUCCAAACCACAUUUCGAGUGCUUUUCCACCUGAAUUACCAACAAAUCAAACUCCUAGUUUAUUAGCUGUUAAUAAACUAAAGCAAGACGAGCAAUUACAAUUACAUCAACAACAGCAAACACCACCACAACAACAGCAACAGACAGUAUCGCAACAACGUCGUCGCAAUCCUCGAAGUCACGGAUCUUCUGCUAGUCCAAUACUAUGUGGACAAAAUGAUAAGUCUUAUAACCCACAACAUUAUUAUCAUAGACAAUCAUCAAGUGGUAAAAUAUUUACUGUAAAUCCUAAUGAGAAUAACAACAGCAAUAGUAAUAAUACGACUACGGUUAGACCCGAUGCCGUUUUCACUCCGUUGGUUAGUCCCGCUGUUACUCCAUUAGAGAGAGGAAAUUCAGGGAAUGCAUUUUCUCCUCAGGCUCCAAUACAGAUUUCGUUUGAACCAUUAACAAGUCCUGUCUUAAAAGCUGAACCACUGACAUUGGCAGGUAGUUCAAAUGUUUCCUCUUCUUCUGCUUCGGCGACUGAUGAUCGUAGAAGAUCUUCAAGUUCAGUUUAUGCUCCUACGAAAGAUGAGAAUAAGCAAUAUAAGAGAAGAACACCUCAUGGUACACCAAUUUUGCAAGGAAACAAAAAUAGUUAUAUCUCCCCUUCUUUGAAAAGCAAGAGUAGCAGUGGGAAUAAUUCUCAACAUCAAUUUACAUUUGAAAAAUUACCUGAAUCUAAACUUAAAACAGAUUCUAAUCCAUCAAAAGAUCAAGAUAUGUUACCUCCAAGUGGAAAACCAGUCGAAAUUAAUGGAGCUCCAUUGAUGGGAUUUACUAUGGGUAAAUUAGCUGAAGGAAAUGAACAAAAAUCGAGACAGACGUCACCAACUAUGUCGAUUUCUUCAUCUAAGAAAUCAAGUACUAAAUCAUCAAGAAAAUCCAGUAUUUCAAAAGCACCAGCCGCGUCAAGAAGUUCUUCAGAGGAAUCAUCACCCAAAUUAAGUGCUGGCAAGAAAUCAGGAGAGAAGCCAGCUACCAAAAAAGCAAGUCAUAAAUUGGCAGAACAAGGAAGAAGAAAUAGAAUGAAUAUGGCAGUUCAAGAAUUAGGUAGAUUAAUUCCUCAAAAUUAUCAUGACGAAGUUAGUAUUCCUUCAAAGGCAACUACAGUUGAAUUAGCUUCAAAAUACAUUAGAACUCUAUUGGAAGAAAUCGAUCAAUUGAAAGGGAAUAGUGAUAAGAAUAAUAAUAAGAAUAAUAAUGGUUCACGUGAGAAUGAUGAAUAA